AUGGCAGAAAAGCUGGCUGGUUAUCCCGAAAAGUUAUUGUGUCCAUGCAAAGUUUGUCGAAACUUAAGUCAGCAAUGUAUUAGCAUUUUGUAUGAACACUUAGUCAUUUAUGGGAUUGAUCCAACAUACAAAAUCUGGUUUCAUCAUGGGGAAGAAUUAUCAAGACAUGAUGAUAUAGAGACAAUGGAAACCUUUGAUUCUUACAACUUGUUUAGGGCUACAAAUAUCGAUGGUUGUGAUUUUGAAAGUCAUGUAGAAGGUCAUGAUGACACUUUUAUGGAAAAAAUAGAAGAUGCCGACACUCCAUUAUAUCCACAAUGCACUAAAUAUACUAAGUUAUCAUCAAUUAUUGCAUUGUAUAAGCUUAAAACUACUAAUGGAUGGUCGGACAAAAGUUUUGAUGAAUUGUUAAAGCUUUUGAAAGAUAUGCUUCCUUUAGAUAAUAUGAUCCCCAAGUCUAUGUACGAGGUUCGAAAAUUUCUUCGAUUAUUUGAUUUAGGAUGUGAAAAGAUUCAUGCAUGUGUUAAUGGUUGUUGUUUGUUUAGAAAAGAUAUAGAAAACUUGCAAGAAUGUCCAACAUGUGGAACUUCACGUUGGGUGUCAGAUAAACUGACUAAAAAGGAGAAUAUUUUAUUACCAAUGUUAAUUCCAGGACCUAAACAACCUGGGAAUGAUAUUGAUAUAUACUUAAAACCUCUCAUAGAGGACUUGAAAUUAUUAUGGAAUGAGGGAGUUGAUGCUCAUGAUGCAUUGGACAAUACAAAUUUCAAGUUGCGGGCUAUUUUGAUGUGGACAAUCCAAGGUUUUCCAGCAUACGGGAACCUUGCUGGUUGUAAAAAUAAGGGACGUUUCAUUUGUCCCUUAUGUCGUUAUGGUACUCAUUCAGAGUGGCUAAAACAUAGCGGGAAGUUUUCAUAUCGAGGUCAUCAAAAAUUUCUUCAAGAAGACCAUCCAUUUCGGAGUAAAAGAAGUUGGUUUGAUAGAGAAGAAGAGCAUGGAAAUCCACCAAGAAUCAUGAAUGGGACUACAAUUGUUGAACACCUUAAAGAUUUUGUGAAUGUUUGGGAAAAAUCCACUUCAAAGAAAAGGAAACAAGAUGAUUCAAAAGAAAUGUGGAAAAAGCGAUCCAUAUUUUUUCAGUUACCUUAUUGGAAGGAAUUGUAUGUUCGUCACAAUUUGGAUGUGAUGCACAUAGAGAAGAAUGUUUGUGAAAGCAUUUGUAAUACAUUGCUAGAUGUUGCUGGAAAAAGUAAAGAUGGACUAAAAGCUCGCUUGGAUUUGCAACAUAUGGGUAUUUGGAGUGCAUUACACCCACAAGAGAAGGGGACUAGAACCUAUCUUCCUGCAGCUUUACACACACUAUCAAAGCUUGAGAAAGAAUUAUUUUGUAAAAGUUUAGGUGUGAUUAAUAGACGCAUGAAGAUAUUGAAAGAUUAUGUCAGAAAUCGAGCAAGGUCUGAAGGUUGUAUUGCGGAGUGUUAUCUUAUAGAUGAGUGUGUGAGCUUUUGUAAUGAAUUCACUUACCAUUCAAUUGAACUAAACACAAAAGAAGGUCGAAAUGAAGAGUGGUCAAAUGAUGUGAUACUUGAAGGUCAUCCAAUUUCUAAGAGGAAAGAAAUUAUAUUGAUAGAUUAG